UAAGGAAAUGUUUGGGGAGAAAAACAACUGUAGGAUAAAACAGGAACUAAGGUUUGAUUUCAUGCUGCUUUGCUCUGUGAUAUUGGACAAAUCCAUUUAACAGUCUGGAGAGGCCCCCCGAUGAGAACUAAGCAUGAUUAUACGUUGACCUGGUCACUGGGCCCAGAUGCUGAGCCCUCCGGGAGUUUGCCUCCAGAACGCUGUCCUUUUUCCAAUUCCAGGAACAGGAUGGCUGUUGUGACAUCGUACUUGAAGAUCCUGGGAAAGAUGUGCUAAGCACAUACCCUCUUCCCCUCCCUGCUGCAUUCCUCAGCUGCACGUAGCCUCCUUUUCCCCUACUCCUUAUAUUCGGGCGACUGGCAGGAGAGGUUAGAGCAGUUUUUCAAGGUAUCAUACCUGCUGCUCUCUCCGAUGGCCGGCAAACUGAAUAAAUGAACGUAAAAGACUCAACCCUGCCUCUGCUUAUUGGCCCAGUAGGGACAGCUAGCCCCUGGACUCCCUUUAGUGUCCAGUUUCAAAAUCCGCUGGGACUGCGAGCAGGACGUUUACUUGGGUCCACUGCAGCCCUUUGAAGCAAGAGGCAAAGUCUUACUCAAGCCAUGGAAAACUGGAUCACCAGAAGGUCCACUGGAAGAGAGAGAGACCAGGCCAUGGGAUGUCCUCCUGGCCACCCCAGCUGCUUUGAAGCCAGCAGGAAUAAAAGCCUAGAUCCAUCACACCCGCGUCAACAGGGCACCAGAGGAAGAGUGGACCGUGAAAGCCAAGGAGGACCUAAAAGUUGUCCUCCAAAGACAGCCCUUGUCCUAAUCCUGGUUUUGCUUCUUACCAUCCCAGCAUCAGGAGAGAUAAUUCCUCUGAAGAGAGAUGAGAAUAUCUGGGUCUAUUUGGCAAGGAAUGUGCUUAAUGUCUCUGACUUUUGCCUUUCGGGUGGAAUUUCUGUAAAACAGACUUUCGCGUCGGGCCUAAUCGGAAUUGGGACACCAAUUGCUAAUAUAAAAAAUUAUACUCAUUUUAGGCAUUUUAGAAAAGAGAUAACUUAUUGGGACCUUUAUGCAGUAGGACCAAGUGUCCAACAAAAAGACAAGGACAUGUUUUCUCUGAAGAUUGCAGCAGUGGUCCCCAGUGGUGAAUGUCUCUAUUUCACUGGCUGUACUAGGUACUGUCUCUCCUUGUUUCAUGAUUACAAUAUGAGCUGUUCUGAUAACUCAUCUAUCUCUUAUGGAAGUGGACAUACCAGAUUGCCAGCCGGUUGGUUCCUCAUAUGUGGUCUCACUGUUUAUACCUACAUCCCCGCUAACAGCACAGGGGGGCCGUGCUCUUUAGGGCGGCUGACUGUUCUUAUGCCUCAGAAACAUCCCGUCACCCAAGCUGAACAAUACCUGGCGAUGACCCUGCCUGCGGCCUGCAAUGACAACCUUCAUUUGUGGAGCCCUGCUGAAUAUGUUUCUUUCACCGUUUUUGUCACGUCGGUCAUGGUAACUUCUCCCCAAGUAGAAAAAGGUCGGCUGGCUUGCAGCAUCAUCAAGGCCCUUAACACCACCGCCAGGGCUGUCAGUGCCAAAAACCUAGAACUGGGUCAGGUUGGGGAGGCAGUGCUAGAACACCGAGCGGCACUUGAUUACAUACUAUUACGACAUCAUCGUGGAUGCGAUCACUUCCAAGGACUAUGUUGUUUUAACCUUUCUGACGGUUCUCAGCUGACAGAACAUAACACUCAGCAAGUCAACGAGACCAUCUCCAAGACAAAGCCAUGUGAGGGCUUUUCCGGGACUGACCUAUUCGUUAUAAUUUUCCUUCCUUUAUUUUUUGCAGCUUGUUGUUGCUGUCUAUAUUUUUUCCACUUCAGGUCCCGCAUGCGCUGUAUCUCCUUACUGCGAUCUCUGAAGCGAAGGAGAAAGCUCUUCAACAGGGACAGAGCUUCCAUCUGAAACUAGUCUCACAGAUAUAAAAUGGCAAUCCUGACAGCGGGGAAGUGAUAGGGCAGGGAGGGGACAGAGUGGGGCACUAGCAGUUUCACGCGUAUUCAAAAUCUUGU